AUGUCUGUCGAGUGUCGCGCCGCGAAUAAACAGAGAGGUUCGGGGCAAGGAGGGGGGGGGGGGGGAGGGAGCGAAGUCUGUUUACCGCGCUACCUGCCCGCCGCGACCACCUGUAUGAGCCUUGGGGAUGCCAGCGCUAAAAAACUUACCAGUGUCGCUCGCGCGCGCCCGCUACGUUCGCACGCCGCCGCCCGCCGCCGCGAACACGUCAGCAAACUUUCCAAGCGCGUGCCAACUUUGAGGGACACAAUUGACUGUUUGCCCCGCGAGCGAGUUCUGUUCCCGUCCUGUGCGUGUUUCUGUGGUGUUGAUGUGGUACACGGUGGUCUGAAGAUGCGGGGCGCCUUGCAGGCGUGCUGGCUGGCCCUAGCUCUGGCCGCGGCGGUCGCAGCGCAGGCCGACACCAGACAUUUAUCAGGUCAGUUACUCGACAAGCGAACGGAGAGCACUCGUACCUAUCGCAACCUAUCGAAAGUUCAGUUUGAGUUUGUAAUACGUCUUGGGAGCGAUGCGUGGUCGAGACUGCCGUGUGACGUGGUCGCGUUGAACCGGUAUCUG